GCGAAUCUGAGAACGGAUAAGUCAUGACCACUAAAAACUUCUUGUCACGGUAGUGGCGCACAAAAGUUUAUAAAUGACGCACCCCGAAGCGCAGUCAACAAUCGAAAGUCGUGGGGGCGGUCCGCACGUCGGAGCAAGCGGAGGGUGAGGGUGAAGGCAGCCAGAAAGUCAAGUCAUUGAUUUCAGUUCAUUCUCACAAUGGCAGAAUAUUCUCAUCCAUUCCUGAAGUUCCCAAUGAAUGAAAAAGAAUUAGAGGAGCUUGCUCAAAAUGAGAGAGAUUAUCUCCUUCUCCAUGGCGGCAGUCUGAGGCUGCGAGAGAGCAAGUCGAACGAUGAGGUGCGGUUCGCGCCGUUUUUCCUGUUCCCUUCGCUGUUCCCGGAGCGCGGGUUCCGGCGCGCGCUACUCGUGCAGACUGCCAUGAACAAGCUCAUGAUGGGAGUCGCCUACGAUCGCCAGUUUCUCACCCAUUGCCUCAAAAACACUAUCGAGGUGGACGACUUCACCGCGGGUCUGUUCAAGAUUUACACAGCGGUGAUGGACGAGGGACUCACGCAGAGCGUCGGCCUCGGCCUGAUUCGCAGCGACUAUUUUUACGACGUGCGCACCGGCAACGUUAAACAAGUGGAAUGCAACACGAUCGCCUCCAGUUUCGCCACGAUCGCUUCCAUUGUUAACGAUUGCCAUAGAUACGGGUUGACUGAGAUGGGCCAUCUCGACAAGCUAGACCAGAUACCGGUCAACACAUCGCUCUCUGGGAUCGCCGAGGGAAUGAUCCACGCCUGGGACAAGUACAACGUCGAAGGAGCUGCCAUUCUGUUCGUAGUCGAGGAGCGCACCAUCAACAUCUGUGACCAGCGCUUCCACGAGUUUCAGAUCUACAAGCAGCGUCCGGGUAUCAAGGUGCUGCGCCGCACCCACGGCGAGCUGGUCACCAAGGCCACGCUCACCAGCGACCGCCGUCUCAUGGUAGACGGUUACGAGAUCGCGCUGGUGUACUACCGCAUGGGGUACUCACCGGACCACUAUCCCACCGACAAGGAGUGGAGCGUGCGCCUCCUGAUCGAGCGCUCCAAGGCCAUCAAAUCGCCCAGCAUCCAGCUCCACCUGUCCGGCACCAAAAAGGUGCAGCAGGAGCUGUCCCGUCCCGGGGCGCUGGAGCGCUUCCUGAACGAGGAAGAAGUGAAGCUGUGUCGCUCGGUGUUCACCGGCCUCUACUCGCUGGAUAUGAACGAGGAGGGUGACGCCGCUGUGAAGAUGGCCAUCGCCAACCCGGAGCGAUUCGUGCUCAAGCCGCAGCGUGAGGGCGGAGGGAACAACGUCUACGGCCUGGAGAUUGCUAAGACGCUCUCCGCAAUCAAGAACAGUCCCGAGCGCACGGGCUACAUCCUCAUGGAUCUGAUCGAGCCGCACGUGCAGCCCAACUACUUGCUGAGGGCCGGCCAGGGCAAACCGCAGUUGGUGCAGGCGGUGGGGGAGCUCGGCAUCUUCGGCUACAUCCUUAGCGAUGCGAACCAGACGUACUGCAACGAGUGCUGCGGUUUCACGCUGCGCUCCAAGCCGUCGACGGUGCUGGAGGGCGGCGUCAUCGGCGGCUCCGGCGCCAUGGACUCGCCGUUCCUCGUAUCGUCUGACGAGCAUAUCCGCACCGCCUCCGACUUGGGAGAGAACUGUCUGUGCACCACUGGUCCAUGCCAGUGAGGCGUAUCUGGCGAUCUAUGCUGGGAGCAUCCGUCAUCACCCAAGUCCAUGAAGUCACUUCACAGUGUGCUGGUGCUUGGUCAAGGAAAUUCGCUAGUUGCUGCUGCCACAUAAUUGCCAUUAUUAGCAGGGAUUCUGACAGAUUGUAGAAAGAGCGUGCGUAACACAGAUGUAUGCAUAUUUUAUAUUCUCAGUAUGGGUGAAACAACUGACUAGUCGAAGAUGUUAUGUUCAUAUGAAAAUGCUAAAACUAUUGUUGACAUUCCUAGAGGAUAGUAAUUGCAGCUCACGCCUCACAGUCGAAAUGCUGGUAUUUCACCGAAAUCCACCACCAUCACUGAUCUAUUACUAAAAAUGCUUAAAACAUAAUGAUCUGAAUCUACCUUCAGAUAGGCUGAAGUCCAUUGAUGGGCGUGAAGAAUUAGAGGGCAAGGUGGCUGUGUCCAUGCAUUUUUUUAUCACAUCCAGAACGGAGAACCAGUGGGUGGAAGGUCCAGUGUGUGCAUAGGUGGCUGUAUUCAUUUGUCAAGAAAUGGCUUGUUUUUUUUUUUUUUUGUAUGUUUAUGCAUACAUGUGCAAACUUUUUCAACAGAACCAGGUCUGAGGUUAUAUGCAUAUCAGGUUCACAGAGUAUAUCUUUAUUUUAACUUUUUUGUUCAUUGAUGAAUGACAACUUAAAUGAUUUAUAUUGUUUUUAUUUUUCUUGGUUUGCAUUUGUGUGCAAAAACACUUGGCCAGUGAGUUAGUCGCUCUGCAGAUCACAUGUGGUUGCAUAGGUACCUAUCUUACUCUCUCUCACCACUGACGCAAAAUAGCACCUUUUCUUGCAGCUAUGUGUACUUAUCUGUUAACGGCUACUCCACUGUGGCUCUGCGUGCUGAGGAUUCCCUUGAAACGAGAAUCUUGUGUGAAUAAUAUACCGCAGAACUUUC